AUGUCGGAUUUAGACAGUGAAUAUCCGAGAGCCGAAAGUGGAAGACCGUUUCUACCAGAAGAAGAAAAAGAAUUUGUAAAACUCUUCAAUAAACAAAAAUUCAGACCUAGAACAGCUAUUUUAACAGUGUGGUUUGACUAUCCCAAAAACAUGUUCUUCCAACCGAUACCAGCUAAAGAUAAAAUCACUUUCACGAAUAAAGAAGGUAAAAAGGAAACUGGUAACAAAAUCAGGUUCAGAAAUGGUUUCUGUCACGACGUUUUAACAUCGGUCGAUAUUCAAGAAAUAGUGAAAGCUGGUGGACGAAUUAUUAGAAUAUUAGAUGAUUUAAGAAAUAAAUAUAAACGAGAAGGUAAUAUCGUGGGUAGUAAUUGCAUGAAAUUAUUAGGUAAUUCCUUGUAUGGUAAAUCAAUUCAGAAAGAUAUAUUCACAACUAGACAUUUAUGGAAUGAAGCAACUUUACAGGCCAACUUUGAUUCACGUAUUAAAACCUAUGAGAAAAUUAAUGAUACUCAAUAUAUUGUUGAAACAGAAAUUGAAGAAAAAGAGAUUACUACCGAAGAUAGUAAAUCUACACGACUAACACCUAGUCAUUUGGGAUCAUUCGUUUUAUCUCACAGUAAAAAAAUAAUGAACAAUUUCAUUCACGUCAUAAAUGGAUUUUAUAAACCCGAAAUAUACUAUACCGAUACCGAUAGUUUGUACAUUUCAUCCAAAAAUUGGAAAAAACUAAACAGAGCUGGUUUGGUCUCCGAAAAAGACUAUUGCAAAGGUAAAAACGAUUACGGUGACGGUGGAAUUAUAUUUGGUUUAUAUUUAGCACCAAAAGUCAAAUACAACAUCGUUUUGACUUCUGAUGGUGUCUUAAAAGAAAACGUUUAA